AAAUCACUUUGACCAGUAUGAGGAAGGUCAGUUGGAGUUGGAACAGGCCUCUUUGGACAAGCCCAUAGAAUCGCGAAUUGGCCCCAAUUAGCUAAGCAGCUCUGACCCGCCCAGGGUUUAAAAGCCAGGAUAACAUUGGGCACCGGCUCCUUCAGAAACAUGGCUGGAAGUUGGGUCAAGGCCUGGGCAAAACCAUGCAGGGUAAGGUUUGUAGGACCUCCCCAACUGUAUGUUUGUGUGUAUGUUUGAGUAAGUGUGCGUGUGUGUGUGGAUAUUUUUUUUUCUUAAAAUAAUACAUAAUAACUCUCCCCCUUUUACAGUGUAGCCUAACGGCUUCUCUUAGUUCUUCUCUAUACGCUUACAAUCACUAAACGCUCUCUGCUCAAAAUACCAGUGCAACGAUUUGAAACUCAUACCAAAAUGGAAUCAGUAAACAUUUUGUAGAAAUUAUUAAUUUUUUCCCCUCCUGAUUGUGUUCAGAAUUCACCCAUGUUAGAAUAGUACUUGUAUAUAUUAGUUUAAUGUAUGUUUGGCUGCAAUGGGGGUGUUUUGAUUGGCUGUGAACAUGAGAUGGGGCCCUCUGAUUGGCUGUGAACAUGAUUCUGCCUCUUUCCCAUGAUUCCCCUGAAUGGCUUGCCAGAAUGAGCCUUAAUCUCCUGCCCAUUCUCCUUCUCCUUCCGCCUUCGAUCGGUCUAUCUGCCUGCGUCCACUUUUGUGAAGUGAAUGUACACAUGUGGUACAUGUGGGAGUGGAAAUUGUAUGUGUUGAGAGUGUGUGUAUGUGUCACCAAAACGAGGGGUUGGGGCUCAGGUGUUUUAGCUUGCAGGGAGAAGUCUUCACACCAUCCCACCUGCAUCCCACUUUUCCUCGUAUAAAUGUACUUGUUAAAGCCUCACCUGACCUGACCCAUCUCCUUCCCCCUCUCCUGCAGAGCAUGCUGGCUGAAGAGACCCAGACUUGUGAAGCUGAGUUUUAAGCAACGCAUGAGAAUUCAAAUCAGAUUGGAGUUGAUUUUAGAUUGAUGGCAAGAUGAAAACAGCUCUGAAAGAGAUCUAGUGCUUCAAAUAAAACAAGAACGUUGCAUUGCUAAAAGCUCACUCACAGCGUAUGCUUCUCAUAGCUUGUGCAGCUACAUAAUGAAGUAUGCAUACGAUGGUCUCUCUGUAUCAGAAACACAUUCACGCGGAGACUUGGACCCGCAUGGGGGAUUGGAGAAAGGGGGGAAAUGAGGAGGAGGGUGCACCUUUUAUUUGAUUUAAGUGAUGAUUGGUACAUUUCUGUUGAAAGACAAUCAACCAAGAGGGGGGAAAUGAGAGAGCGGACAGCUUUAGAACAAUUUUUUAGAUUUUCAUCUAAUUAAAAUAAACACAAUAUUAGAAGCGCUAAAUUAGUAACUCUGUCUCCUCUUUGCUUUGUUGUGGAGGAAUCCAAAAGCAUGAAAUGAUAGUACCACAAAUAAGCAGAAAUAAGGAGAGCAGAAUUGUCAAGGAUGGUGAGAGGGCAUCCCUGUAAUCACCCAGGGCCAUUGGUAAGGGGUACACCAAAGCCCCUGCCCCCAAACCCGACCCCUAACCCUUUACCCCUUACCCCUGAACGCUCUCUUUGUGCCUCAAUCUUCCUGCUUAACCAAUUGGUGUUUCUUUUUUGCAGCAUUAUGAUCCUGGCCAUGUUGUGCUGAUGGUAAACUUAGUGGACGAACUGACCCUGUCCCCAUCGUGCUCAAAUAUGACGUCAUGGGAAUGGGGCGAAUGGAAAUGGAGCUGGACUAUGCAGAAGAUGCCACAGAGAAGCGUCGAGUGUUGGAAGUGGAAAAAGAAGACACUGAGGAACUGCGUCAAAAAUACAAGGAUUUUGCAGAGAAAGAAAAAGCUAUUGCCAAAGCUUUAGAGGACCUAAGGGCCAACUUCUACUGUGAACUGUGUGAUAAGCAAUACCAGAAGCAUCAGGAGUUUGACAAUCACAUCAACUCCUAUGAUCAUGCACACAAGCAGAGACUGAAGGAGCUAAAACAGAGAGAGUUUGCACGAAAUGUGUCUUCCCGUUCUAGAAAGGAUGGUAAGAAACAGGAGAAGAUGCUACGGCGCCUUCAUGAAUUGGCUGAACAGAGGAAACAACAAGACCAUGUUCCUGGCAGUGGUCCCAUGUUUAAAACCACCACAGUGGCAGUAGAUGGAGAAAAGGGUGAAGACUCAAUGGAUGGUGUACCUAUGACAGUGGAUACCAGCACAGAUUCUUUUGAAGAAAAGCCAGCGUGUGGUGUUGGUGGUCAAGGUUCCCCUAAAUUAGGCCCUACCAUUAGCUUUGGUUUUAAUAAAACUAGCUCUUCUCCAACUCCCUCUGGAGGCUCACAAGCUCCCAAAGUCAGUGUCUCAUUCUCUUUUGCUAAAAAAACCCCAGUAAAACUUGAAACGGCUGCAGCUGUCUUUGCAGACCAUGCCGAAGAGACAGUAGAAGGUGAAGAAGGACAGGAAGAGGGAGGAGAAAAUACUGGAGGAGAGGAUGUAGGAAUGGCAUCUAUCAAUGAUAUCCCACAGGCAGUUGACAUUGGCAGUGAUGGAGGGGGGAGUGGGAGUGGGUGUGGGGGUGGUGGUGAGGGUGAUGAAGAGCAGUCACAACCAGAUGAUGGAGGGACCCUGGCCUCUACUUUAAACAAGCUAAAGAUGAUGAUGAAAAAGGAAGAAGGUUACUCUGGACAAGAGCCACAGUAUUAUCAUUAUGUACCACCUGUACAUUGUCGAGUCAAGCCUCAUUUUCAGUUUCUGCUUUUUAUGAAGGCUUCUGACCAGUGUGAUGAGAAGGAGGAUGGAGUAAAAGAUGAGAAGGCAGAAGUAGGCAAUGAUGGAGAGCAAAAACAUAUUGAAGUAAACAUUGACAUACCUGAAAAAGAUACUGAGAAUGAACCUACACAGGUUCAAAACACUAAUCCCUCUCCUGCAUCAGCUAAAGAAAAGGCAGAUGAAGAAUCUGGUACUAUGUCUACAGGACAUGAUGAUACUACAGAAGUGGAAAGCUUGCCCCAACCAACUGACAGCAAGCAAGUGAUGUCCCAACCUCCAGAUACAGGUCCCCGCAUGCCAACUGGGCCCUUUUUCCCUGUGUUAAGUAAAGAUGAAAGCACUACCUUGCAAUGGCCUUCUGAGUUGUUGGAGUUUACUAAGGCCCAGCCAUCUCUUUCCUACAGCUGUAAUCCUCUUUACUUUGACUUUAAGCUUUCAAGAAACAAAGGCAAUUGGGCAGGCAAAAAUAGCAAACCUGUCAAGCCAGUUAGCACUGAAGAACAAGAGGUGCCUAAGCCUGAAAAAACAGACAGCACUCCUGACACUAGUGGUGAGGCUUGUACUACUAAAACAGUUGAAGGACCCAGUACGUCUCAAAAAGAACAAUCAUCAUUGAAAGUUGACGGUGCUGAGAACGAGAACAAUGAGCAGAAAUUACCAGGUAAUGAAGAUGUGACUGCAGGGUCUAAGAAAAAGAAAAAGAAGAAACACAAAAAGUCAGGCAAGCAUUCUAAACGCAAAGAGAAAGCAGCAAUGGAGGGUGAGUUAGUGAAUGAGACACCAGGUGGAAAAACCAAAAAAAAGAAGAAGCAUAAAAGAAAGAAAAGCAAAAAUAAACCACGUGACGCUGAAGAAGUUGUACCAGAGGAAGAGGGAAAUAAGGACAAAGAGAAAGCCAAGGAUGACAAAGAUGGAGUAGCCACUGCUCAGUCAUCUGGAGUAGGCGCAACCAAUGAGGGAGGAAAGAGAAAACGGUCCCACAAAAUGUCUGGAGCUGAGCAAAGCAGUGCAGGAAAGCCCAGCUCUACAGAGGAGCACAAUGGUACUAAGCGUCUUAAAUCUGACACCAACACACCUGCUGCCUCAUGCUCUGCUUCAGCCCAAAAGAGCUUAGGGGGAGGUCAACCUCCGAGUAGUGACAGUGAGGAGGAUGGAGGAUCAUCCUCUCAACGUUCUCGACCACCUCAGCGUCGCUCCACACCGACACGUGAGCAGCGCAGACACCGCAGUGAUGAUUCUGGACGUUCACGUAGUAGGUCAUCCCAUCGAGGAGACCACAACCAUAGACGCCACAGAGGUCAAAAGUCACACAGCCGAUCUUACUCCACUAGCUCUGAGCGUUCUUCUGCAGGGAGCAGUGCUUACAGUCGUCGUAGCCAUAGCUACACAGACAGUUACAGUGACUACAGUGAAGGACGACGUCACCACAGAUCAAGAAGGCCUUCCUCAGACUCAGACUAUGACAGGCGUGAUGGUGGCCGAUCUCACAGGCGACGUUACUCAUCUUCUUCAGAAGAGGACUCACGUUCACGAUCACGCUCUCGAAGCCGCAGAAAACGCCAUCAACGGAGACACCAAAGGAGCAGUAGUCGCAGCUCCAGUCGUAGUAGUUGGAGUAGCAGUGCUCGUUCUUACAGACGCAGUAGCUACAGUCGCAGCCGUAGCUCUGCUAGUCGUUCAUCUAGCUCUACCAAGGGCUCUCCACAUCGGCAUGGUCACAGCCGACGAUCUGACAGCUCAACACGGCGGCGGGAUUUCAAUCGGUCACGAAUUUACCGAUCUCAGUCUCCAAGAUCCUCUUCCCGCACACAAAAUCGAAACAGCAACUCUUCAUCAACACAAGGAACAAGAGGGGGUGGAGGAGCUUCUUCAAAGGAGGGAGGAGGUGCUGCAGAACAUCGAAAUUCAUUCACAGCCCGACAACUCCUGGAGCGAAUCCAAUCUAGAAAAGGAGGGGAUGAAUCUGGUGCAGGCACUAAGACAGGCAUCAAGAUCAAGGAUCCUCCACAGGGAUACUUUGGCCCCAAACUCCCCCCUGCCCUUGGAAACAAAAGUAUGUUACCCCUUUUUGGCAAGCUUCAAGCAGGAAAAAAGCCCCCAUUACUUUCUUUUACACGUUCAACUGAUGGUGUGAAGUCGGAGCAGAGCAAAAUUUCUGAUAGUAAUGAAGUUAUCCUGGUAGAACCUAUUCGUGAAUUUCCGCCCCCUCCUCCUCCACCUCAACCAGCAGUUCAACAACAAAAGCAGCAACUGGAGGAGGCUGUACCAAGUGCAACAGUGCUCGAGGAGACCAGACAUCAAUCCUCAGACCCUCCAGUUCUUCAUGAGUCUCAACCACACUAUGAGCAGGAUCCAGCAAUGAUGAUGUCACAAUACCAAGGUGAGAGACAAGACCCCAAUAAUCACAUGUUAGACGGGCAUCUAAUGGGGCCUGAUAUAGGUCAACAACCUAAUAUGCAUGCCUACCCUGGUUACCCUGCCACUAUGGAGGAUGGGGACAUGGGCAUGGAAGCUGAAGAGGAUGGUCUUGCACCUUUAGAAAGUCAACCAAUUACCUUCACUCCAGAGGAAAUGGAGAAGUACAGCAAGUUGCAGCAAGCAGCCCAACAGCACAUUCAACAGCAACUGUUGGCCAAGCAGGUGAAGAGCUUCCCCUCAGCUGCAGCUGCAGCCGCAGCAGCUAACUUGGCAGCAGCAGCUAAUCUUGCCCCUGCCCCGCCACCACCACCAACUGCACUGCAGCAAAUUCACAUCCAGCAACCCACUGUUUCUGCAGCUUCUGCUACCUCUAUUACAACAGUGCAGCACGCUAUCUUACAGCACCAUGCUGCUGCUACAGCCAUGGGCAUGCAUCCUCAUACUGCACAUCAUCCACACCCUGCCCAUGCCCAGCUAGCCCAGGUGCACCACAUACCUCAACAUCACCUAACCCCUAUCUCCUUGUCACCAUUGGGCCAUUCUUUGGGACAUUCACUUGGUCACUCUUUAGGACACGCUGGCCUGAUUCAAGCCCACCCCACUGCCUUCCUUUCAGGCCAACCCAUACAUAUUAUACCAGCCUCUGCGCUUCAUCACACCCCUCUUGCUCUACAUCACGUCCCCCAUGCUGCUCUCUACCCAACCCUUUUUGCCCCCCGGCCAGCCAGUGCUGCAGCAGCUGCAGCUCUACAGCUACAUCCUCUUCUUCAUCCUAUCUUCUCAGGGCAAGACCUUCAGCACCCUCCAAAUCAUGGCUCCUGAACAUCCAGCUUUUGUCAAAGUAGGGAAGGCUGAAGGUAUUUAGCUACUGGGUGGCCCAGUCUGGUGAUCCACAGUGACUGUUCUGAUCAACCUCUACCUUAGGGUGGCCUAAACAGGACUGUUCAGGAUUGUUUUAACUGAAGACAGAGUAUAAUCUUGACUGUCUUUUGAGAUUGUAAUGUAAUGAAAUUAUAUGGCCAGGAGUUUGGUUGGGGUAUGUAACAUUGUUUAUAUAUAUUCACACAAAGGCGUAUGGGCUUCAAGAGUUGAUUUGUAGGCCAAGACUUAGAUCCUACAAGUAGAGAACCACUGGUAUAUUGUUUUGUUUUUUCUAUAGUUUGUCAUUAUAACUAUUAUUAUUAUUUGUCUGAUGUGCUUCUUAUAUCCAGAAGCUCUCGGACUGAAGCCAUAUUCGGGAUCUUUGUUGUGGGCUUUUGGUGUGGUUGGAUACAGUUGAUAUGAAAAGUCAUUUUUGGAGACUUUGUUUUUCUGUGUAUCAAGCCUUUGUGAAAGUUGUAAGGUUUAUGAAAUAACUCAUUGUAUGAAUAUGCAAAGAUACUCAAGCCUGUUAUUCAAGAACCAGGUUAUGAUAAACUGACUUAUGGUUUGCUGAAGGAUUAUCCUAAUAUUUGGUCAUUUCAGCUCAUUCUAUUUCUCAGAAGUCAUCGUAUCAUACUCUGAGCAAAAGGUAACAAAAACGAACAAGAUUAUUAUAAUAAAAGCCAUACUCAGCACUCAACUGUGUUAAGCUAUUUUUGCUGGUUGGUUGUAAAAUAGUAUAAAUGAUCUGAAAAUAGUAAAUGGAAGAGACAUCGCAUAUUGAUGUCACAUUUUUAUUAUGUCACAGGCUGUCAAAACUGCAUAAGUUACAUUUUGGGAUUUGAAAAUUCCCAUCCCUUGUUUUUGAAAUUGUGAAAUCUUGCACUGAAAAAUAAAUGUACAGUGAGAUGCUGUUUUUGCAUCUUGUAACAACUGUAUGAUUGUAGAAUUCUGCAAUAAUUUGUUUUCUAUUUGAUUUUAAAUUAUUUUUAUUUUUUGGGAUAAUGUUUUCUUUCUGUACAAUUAGUUAAAUGUAAAUACAUGUAACGUAGUGAAACUAUGUAAAAUAAAGGUUUGUAACACAUGCUAAUAAAAAUAAUGAAGAGGGGGGAGGGGAAGCAUAUGUAAAAAUGAUCAGGGUUGGUACUUUAGUGGACUUGAGUGUCUAUGGAAUGUGGAGAAACCACAGAAUGUGGCAGAACUUUUGGUGACGUUGUACUGUAAAUGGCAGCAGUGACAUGAGCUUUUUUUAAUUCCUCCUUGAUGCAUCAGCAAAUAAAACUUUGACUUGUAA